UUUGACAGAUAAAGGUAAACAAAAAACAUAACCUCAAAUAAAAUAAAAUCUCAAUUACUUCUAAUGAAUCAUCCUCAUUCCUUAUCUAUAACACAAAAGAAACCUAAAUGAGGCAAAUAUGGACGAAAACAAUGAUUUAGGGGCGAGUACCAGCUCGCAAGAUGAAAUAAAAGCGAAAAGAUUUAGAAACCUCCAAUCAGUUAAUUCAGCAAGUAAUGAUGAUUUAGACGAAAUAGUUACAACAAACGAUGAAAAUCCGUUAUUAUCUUCGGUUAGGUGUAGGACGCAAAAAAGGGGCGGAUUCGUCGAACCGGGCUCGUUAAACGUUCUCUCGGCUAAAUACGAAAGUUUAGACUAUGAUAUAUGCGAAAAUCAUUUGUUAUUGGACGAAGAACGCGAAAAAGAUGACACAUAUUUUAUGAAACGAAAUGUAGCCCGAUGGUUUAUUUUUUUAUUAAUAGGAAUGAUCACUGCUUUAGUAGCUUGUACCAUUGAUAUAUCAAUUGAGGAGUUGUCUCAAAUCAAAUAUAGAUCGUUAAGCAAACUUGUUGAUAAAUAUGUAAUAGAAGGCAAGCUAUAUAUUCCCUAUCUUUAUUGGAUGUUGUACAAUUUAAUUCCUGUCUUAAUUGGAUCACUUUUAGUUGCAUAUGUUGAGCCCAUUGCAGCUGGGAGUGGAAUUCCACAAGUUAAAUGUUAUUUAAAUGGAGUUAAAGUUCCAAGAGUUGUUCGAAUAAAAACGCUAGCUGUUAAAAGUAUUGGAGUAAUUUGCUCAGUUGUUGGAGGAUUAGCUGGAGGAAAAGAAGGUCCCAUGAUUCAUUCCGGAGCGGUCGUUGCAGCUGGAAUUUCGCAAGGAAAAUCGACAACUUUUCGUACAGAUUUUAAAUUGUUUAAAUAUUUUCGGGAGGACCAUGAGAAACGAGAUUUCGUUUGUGGUGGGGCCGCAGCGGGUGUUUCGGCGGCGUUUGGAGCCCCCGUUGGUGGAGUUUUAUUCAGUUUGGAGGAAGGUUCAAGUUUUUGGAAUCAAAGUUUAACUUGGAGGACAUUUUUCGCUUCGAUCGUGAGCACUUUUACACUCAACACGAUUUUAUCCGCUUAUCACGGAGUUCCCGGCGAUUUGAGUUACCCGGGUUUAUUAAAUUUAGGAAAAUUUGAAUCUGGAUCGUACGAAAUAUUUGAAUUACCCCUUUUUGUAUUUAUGGGAUUUUUAGGGGGGUUAUUUGGAGCGUUGUGGAAUCACAUUAAUUAUAAAUUAUCGGUUUUUAGAAUUAUUUAUUUAAGAAAACGUUGGUUAAGAGUGAUUGAAGCAUGUCUUGUAGCCGUUAUGUCCGCAACGUUAGGAAUAAUGAUGAUGUUUGCGCUAAAUGAUUGCAAACCACUUGGGCAAGAUCCAACGAAAUAUCCAACGCAAAUGUAUUGCGAAGACGGCCAAUAUAACGUUUUGGCUAGUAUUUGGUUUCAAACUCCGGAAGCGAGCGUGCGAUCGCUACUCCAUGAUCCUCCAAAUACUCACAACGCUUUAUCUUUGGCGGUUUUCGUGGUUUUUUAUUUUUUACUUUCAUGUUGGACUUUUGGUUUAGCGACUUCUAACGGUUUAUUCAUCCCGUCGUUAUUAACAGGAGCUGCUUGGGGGAGAUUAUUCGCUGUUGGGCUAAACAAUAUUUUCCCCGAAAUGAUUACAAUGCAUCCAGGGAAGUAUGCUUUAAUCGGAGCCGCCGCUCAACUAGGAGGAAUUGUCCGAAUGACGAUCAGUUUAACUGUGAUUAUAAUGGAAACAACUGGAAAUAUAUCAUUCGGUUUACCGCUAAUCGUUGCAUUAAUAGCGGCUAAAUGGACUGGCGAUUUUUUUAACGAAGGCAUUUACGACACUCACAUCCAAUUAAACGGGAUUCCUUUAUUACCGUGGGAUCCCCCGCCGAUGGCUAAUAGCAUUUAUGCUAGUGAGGUUAUGUCACAUCCCGUUGUAACUUUAAAAACGGUGGAAAACGUUGGACAUAUCGUUGAGUUAUUGAAAUUAACGACUUAUAACGGAUUUCCGGUCGUUGAUCCACCCCUAACAGAUCAACAAGAGGUAACAACUUACGGGAGAAUUCGCGGGUUAAUUUUACGAUCUCAAUUGAUUGUGAUUUUAAAAAAGAAACUUUUUAACGAAUCCGUCGACGAUUGGGAACAAAUUGACUCAAACAUUUUCAGAGAUGAAUACCCAAGAUACCCAACAAUCGAAGAAAUCGAAAUAGACGACCAAGAAAAAACUUACUCAAUCGAUUUGAGACCGUUUAUGAAUAGAUCCCCUUACACAAUUUUACAUUCGUUUACUUUACCAAGAAUGUUCCGUUUAUUUAGAGCGUUAGGUUUGAGACAUUUACCAGUUGUAAAUGACAGAAAUGAAGUUAUAGGAAUGGUUACGCGAAAAGAUUUAGCUAGAUAUCGACUUUGGAAGCAUCGGGGGCGAAUGGGAAUAGAAGAAUUACCGGUUUCGAAAGAAAUUUAAAAAUGUUAAAAGAAUAUGGUAAAUAUGUAGAUAUUUUUUUAGUUAAAUUUGUAAAAUAAUCAACAUGUCAUAAUAAGUGAG